AUGAACGCCCUCAAGGGCCCCAUAUCUGCGGAUGCCGCUAUUACUGAGUACCAGAAGAAGAGAAGGGAUAAGAUCAAUGGCGGCUACACCGAGCUGGCCAUAACCUACGAGGAGGAGGGGGCUAAGGCGCCUAAGGUGGCUGCCAAGAAGGCAAAAAAAACGAGCAAGCUGCCGGGCGGGCUGCAGAGGCUGAUCGACCUGAUCUUCGACACCAAGCAGAUCAACCACGCGAUGAAGGAAAUCGGUUACGAUGCGAAGAAGAUGCCGCUGGGCAAGCUGGGCGAGAGCACCAUCAAGGACGCCUACAAGGUGCUCAACGACUUGGAGAAGGCUCUGAAGCGAGGUGCUAAAGACGAGGUCAAGACCCUCAGCUCACGAUUCUACAGCCUCAUCCCCCACGACUUCGGGCGAGCCAACAUGAGCAACUUCGUACUGGACUGCGAGGAGAAGAUCAAACACAAGCUGGACAUGCUGCAGUCCCUGAGCGACAUGAAGAUCACCUCGAAGCUGCUGGACACGACGGAGGCCGACACGGACAUCAUCGACCAGAACUACAAGAAGCUGGGGUGCAAGCUGCGCCCCCUCGCGGCCACUGAGGAGAUCCACAAUAUGGUGAGCACCUAUGUGGCCAACACUCGCGGGAAUUACAAGCCCCAGAUCGAGGACAUCUUCGAGGUGGUCCGCGAGCAGGAGCACAAGGAGUUCAACUCCAAGUUGGGAAACAACCUGCUCCUCUGGCACGGCUCGGGGGUGGCCAACUUCGUGGGCAUCCUCAGCCAGGGCCUGCGCAUCGCCCCGCCUGAAGCCCCCGCGAGCGGCUACCUCUUCGGGAAGGGCAUCUACCUGGCCGACAUGUUUGAGAAGAGCGCCAUGUACUGCAGGGGCAGCGACGACGGAUCCUACCUGAUCCUACUGGUGGAGGGGGCGCUGGGGCAGAUGAACAUCCUGACGCGGCCCGACUGCGGUGCAAAGGAGCUCAUGGAGAAGGCCAAAAAGAACUCGACGAAGUGCCACGGGGGGAAGGCACCGCCGCCCAGCUCUUACAAGAAGUUCAGCAGCUUCAGCAUCCCGCUGGGGAAGGUGGACGAGACGAAGUCGGGCAGCUACAAGGGGCACAACGAGUUCAUCGUGUACCAGAAGAACCAGGCCCGGCUGCGGUACCUGAUCCGUUACCGCCUCAAGUGA